AAACGGAAUCAACAAGCUUAUUAGAGCGAAAGAAACGCUGUUAUAAUAGACUAUAGCGCUUUAGUUGCGUUAUUAAUCUACAUAUCCCACUGCAUUAGAUGUGCAGCAUACAGAUCGCUAUGCUAGGCUAAAAAUGAUUUUGUCAGCGAACUGGGUUUUGUGCUGGAAUUUCCUGUAGGAUGCGUAGGAGCUCACUGACAGCUGGGAUGUAAGUUAACGUUAACAGGGUUUCUUAUGAGCUGGCUAACCCAGCUAGCUGCUUAUAGAAAUCUGCUCGUUUGACAUUAAGAUGCAUUUCGUUUCGAGCAAACGGCAGACGGGUGCUUAGGUGUUCAUAGUUAAGUAUGCUAGGAUGUUUAAAAAUGUGUUCGGAUCAGGAUUUCUGGUGAGGACUGCUCAUGUCAUCUUGACAUGGGUGAUAACGUUGAUCCUCUUCCUCCACGACACCGACCUACGGAAACAGGAGGAGACGGGGGAGCUUGCACUGCCAGUUCUGUUUGUCCUGCUGGUCCUGGUGUCCGUGCUGCUGUAUUUCGCAGUUUCACUCAUGGAUCCUGGUUUUGUCCUUUCUGAUGACUGUGAUUUGCAGUUCACACUUGGCAUCACAGAGGAGAAACAGGACAUGAUUCCUCAGACCAAAUCCUUGCGGCUGCGGCGCUGUGGCCACUGCCUGGCACAGCAACCCAUGAGAUCCAAACACUGCCAGACCUGCCAGCAUUGUGUGCGGCGUUAUGAUCAUCACUGCCCCUGGAUAGAGAACUGUGUCGGGGAAAGAAACCAUCGCUGGUUUGUGCUUUAUCUGGCUGUCCAGCUCAUUGUCUUACUGUGGGGAUUGUACAUGGCCUGGUCAGGUUUCAGUCAUGCCCCCACCUGGCAGCUGUGGUUGAGGACCAAUGGUGUUCUUCUUGGAGCGGCAGCGGUGGUGGCUGUGCUAUCCUUAACUGUGCUUCUCCUCCUGGGGUCUCACCUCUACCUGGUAUCUCUAAAUACCACCACGUGGGAGUUCAUGUCUCGUCACAGAAUCUCUUACCUCAAGCAUUGCGGCACAGACGAAAACCCUUUCGACCGUGGAACCCUGCGCAACCUCUGGGGUUUCUUCUGCGUGUGGGAACCUGUGGUGUGGGAGCAUGUGUAUUUUAAGCAAGGCAAUGAUCCAAUUUAAUCACAGUGCUACCUUGAAGUCGUAUAGCUACAAUUACAGGUAACCAAUUAGAAGUUGAUCUUUUGGUGGAAACUGCAUCAGCAGUAGCUUUGAGUGAUUUGUGGUUUUUAAGUGCAUGAACUUUGUCGUUGCAAUUUGAAGUUGGAAUGAUGAGCAUUUUUAUAAUUAUUUAACUGGUGAUACCUUGACCAGAUAGUACUUAGACAAUUUGUCUGUGCGGAUUUUGCAUAUUUUAAUAGCAAAAGCCGAAUAAAAAGCACAAAAUCAUGACAGCUUAUCAAUGCUGAAAUGUGUGCAAUGCAAUACGUUUUAAUGACUUUUAAGCUAACUGGUUAUAUUUCAAAUAUACUAAUUAUUGACUUAUCGUGGUUAAGUUUUGAUCAUUGUAAAGUUGUCAACGUAUCUCUUUUCCAAGAUGCAUGACAUGACAUAAACAGAUGAUAUCAUAUUGUUACUGUACAUCAGCAAUGGUUUUGCAUCAGCAGUUGUGCAAAUAUGGGAUGUUAAUGAACUGGAAAUGCGGAGGUUGUAUAUACAUAUUUUAUACAGAAACAGAAUUGUGUGUAUGUUUGUGCUAGAUUCCCCCAUUUAAGAUCAGUGUAAUGAGAUGUAGUUUUGAAAAGAUUUCCUAUAGCACUUUAUACAGUAGUGAGAUUUCAGUAUGCUAGUAAUGUGAUUUUAUACCUAUUUAUCUUGCUUGUACCAAGUACAAAGUCAUCUCAAUUUCUCUCGCUGACCAACAGAGAAGUAAACACAUGAAAUACAAAACAUAGUGCAGUAAUGUUCAAUGUUACAAACAUUUUUAUAAACGGGGUAUUUCUUAUAACACAUUUUAGCAUCUUUAAGAUGCAAGUGCAUGUGACGUGACAUUCCUAUGACUGUUAGAUUCCAGUUUGUACUGCAAGUGCAUAAAGAUAUUUUGUUGGUAAAUAGAGUAUGUAUGUAGUGAUUCCUGUUAUGUCCUUAGCGCAAUAUACAGACAGAAAAAGCAAUAAUUAUUUUUGCUUUAUACUUGUUUUAUAUGUCUUUGAAAUCUCUUCCAUAAAUAUUGCACUUAAGUGUUUUUAACUCUUUCCCCGCCAGCGUUUAUUUUUUAAAUUGCCAGCAUUUUUAUGAUUUUCAAAAGUUAAAUGCCUUUCAGUAAAUGUCCUUCUUUAAAAAUAUGGGUCAAUGACGUGACAUUAAUUAUUUUGUGUCCGUAUGGUUCAAUUAAAUGUAGAAGGGUUAAAAUUUCAAAAUAAAUUUGCAGAUUACUUGCAUACAUUGGCUUUUUUGAGGACCCAGUCUAAAAUUUCUAGUAUUAUUUCAUUUUUAAAGAAUAUUUGGGGGAUAAUUACAAAAAUGUCAAUGUGGUGUAACCAGUCUGUGUCAAUUAGUGUAACUAGUAUUUUUUAAAAUAUAUUAAUAAAAAAUGCGGAAUAAAAUAUAAUCAUUUAGUUUAGUGUAAUAUGAUUUUUUUACAUACAUUUUUGCAUCAUUUGUCAAAGAUUAUUUAGAUGACAGAGCUGUUUUCAGCAUAUGUCAGGACAAAUAUUACAAAAAUGCAUUAAAAUUUACAUUAUGAAAUAACUAAUAAAAUUAUAUUUUAAAAUGAUUUUUUUAAGGAUGAUUACGCUUACAUGCCAUUAAUGGUGGAUAAAAUAUUUAAUAUUUCUCAUUCUUUGGCACAAUUGGUGGCACCAUUAACAUUUUCAGGUCCAUUCAGUCAUAACUUUCAUAAAAAUGGUCCAAAUGUGAUUUUUUUAUUGCAUAAAAUUAAGGUAAAUACACUAUGUGCAUUGAAAUAAACCUGAUGCAUGCUUUUUUAAACAAGUUUUUUAAAUAGAUUUUUGAAUUUCUCAUCUUGCCAAACUGUUUUUGUCACUGACCCAUAUAUAAACAUACAAUAUAUGAAAUGAAACAACAGACCCUCUGCUUAAAAAAAACUCUUUAUUUGUUCUUUUAUCACAUCUCAAACAUAGAUAAUUUUAAUAAAAAAUACCGAAUUUUGAAAUAAUUGCAUUUUUUAAAGCACUUUUGUUAAAAAUCUGAUUCAGAACGAUGAUCAAAACAUACACAGAGUUUAUACUGUUUUAGAAUCAGUGGAUGCUUUAGUGUUUUAUAAGUUGGGAAAGCACGCCACCUAGUUGAUAAUAGCAGAAAUAUGGAAUUUGUCAUUGGCAGGGAAGCUUUUUUCUUAAUUGACGAGAUAACUCGUCAAUGGCGGGGAAAGAGUUAACUAAUCAACAUUUCAAAGAAUAGUUCACCCAAAAAUGAAAAUUCUGAAAAUAAAAUUUGUUCCAAACCUGUAUAAAUUCCUUUGUUCAGAGCAAUGUUUGUAGCCAAACCGAUUUUUGAGCACCAUUGACUUCCAUAGUAUUUUUCUUUCCCACUAUGGAAGUCAAUGGUGCUCCUGUUUCAAUACAAAAUAUUUUCUUUUUUUUGUUCAGCAAAACAAAGACAUUUUUACAGGUUUAAACAGCAUAAAUGAUGACAGCAUUUUCAUUUUUUGAGCGAACUAUCCCUUUAAUGCUGACAUUUCAUGGAUGAUUUGCGCCGUUUUGAUCAAUAUUGUUAUGCAAAAAUUUUGAAACUUCUGUAUUCAAUAAACUGAACAAACAUGG